CGGCAGUCAGUACUGAGCAGUUCAUGCGCGUUCGUGUCUUGCGUACCUUCGUGUUUUCGUGUUCAUGAUACCGAAGCGGUAUUCGAAAUAAGUUCAGUUUCUAAAAAGUGACUUGGUGCAAUUACGAGACCGGCAAUCUUCUGCAUUCGGAUCAGCAAACGGGCCACCAUCGACAUGACGCUCCGAUUGGUUUUACUCAUUUUCUCAGCAAUUAUAUCAGGCGUACCCUCAGCGCCCUCUCUGGAAGCCUGCCCACCCGACAGCAUCCUGGUGGAAGGAAAUUGCACGUGCAACCUCGAUUCCUGCACGAAACCACCCUGCCUCUUCGAUCUGCUACCCCUAACCAACGGCAGCGAUCUACCCGGCGACUGUUGCCCGACCUACUCCUGCGUCGGUUGCAAGAACGAGACGUUGAUAGAUGGCCAGUGCCCUUGUGCUGAAGGCGCCGUUUUAAAUGAAAAGGGACAAUGCAGCUGCGUUGCCGAGGGCAUGGAAUUGGUGGACGGCGUCUGUCAGUGUAAUCCCGACAGAUGUGAUCUGCCGAUUGUAUGUGACGACCGCUCUGUUCGUGUAAGCGAAGACGACAGCAUCAACAAAGGAAAAUGCUGCAAGCAGUAUAAAUGCAUCGCAUGCCCCCCAGACAGUUUCCCAACGGAUAACCCCGACGACGAACUGGAAAACCACUGCGUCUGCCACAAGUGUCACUACGACUGCAAAAACAACCAGAAGGUGAACGUCCUGAAAGAAGGCAAAGGAUUCCCAGGCGAGUGUUGCGAUUUGUACGAGUGCCAGAACAAUCGAUCGUGCUUGCUUGAAAACCAAAAGUACGAGAGCGGAGCCACUUGGGUGUGGCACCACACCCACAACUGCACUUGCGAGGACGGCCUCGCCAAAUGCUGGAUGUUCAAUCUGAACGACCAGUUUUGCAUCGAAGGAGAUAGAAUAUACAAGGAGGGGGAGUCCUGGCAAGACGAAAUAUGUACGGUUUGUACGUGCAAGAACGGCUCCAGGGCGUGCAUUUCCAAUUACUGCGAUUUCGAGUACAAGAAGAAGGAGUUCUAUAAGCCUUUGAACAACUGUACCGACGAUCAUGAGCACAACUCAUCCUGGAAUCCGGACGAAUGCACCCGUUGUUCUUGCAACAAUGGUACCAUUAGCUGUGAGCAGCUUUGCGAAGUUAUCGUUCCACCAAUAAUCAGCUGCCAACCUCUGGUGCAUUGCCACAAGAAGUGUGAAAAUGGGUUUAAAAUAAAGAAUGGAUGCGAAAUAUGUAAAUGCAAACUGACUGGCAAAUCGAACGAGUUGAACAGAAAUGUUUCGAAAAUUAAAAAGAAUAGUACCAUACAUACAACACCAGCGACUCCGACUACCACUCUGGUUUCUCCCUUCUUUAUUGGCGAUACUAACGAAGCCAUCAAUGUAGCCUGUAACGACAGUGUCAAAUAUACUUGGAUUAUUAUUGGCGUCCUUGGAUUACUUGUUAUGUUGUUGCUCGUCAUCACAAUAUUUUUGGGUUGCUACCUAUGUAAUUACAGACAGAAACAGAACACCUACGACUUCGACUGCAAAUACGGCCCCAUCUCUCAUAACAACAAUCUAAUACAGAAAAAUAACAACGAGUAAACGUUUAGUUAUAGGUAAUGUUUCGUUACUUACAUUGUGAUAAAAAAUUAUUUAUAUUUUUAAAACAUUGAGAACAAAAUAUGAUUUAUUAGUACAUUUCAUACUGUUUAUUUUACUCACUUUUUACGAUUAUUUUAUAGCAUAUUACUCGACUGAUUUUUACGUUAUUUUUGCUAUUGAUAAUAGUACGAUUGCUAAUUUAAUUUAUUGAAAGAAGUGGUUAUCGAAAUUGUCAUCAUAGAUACAAAACCAUUUCCCAAAUUAUAUUGGCGUACAUCACCAUUAAAAAAAAUUAGAAUGCACCUUGCUAGAUAAAAAUGUGUUAAAAUCUUUGUUUAAAAAAUUGAAAUAUUUGAAGUACCAUCAAUGUGAUGUUAUGAGGUUUUAACUUUCUAUUGUACUACAAAUAUUUCUUUUAUGAUCUCUUCUUUCAUUUAACAUUAAGUGGUAGCUCACUUGUGCACGAACAUACGAAUAUGUCACCCCCUUUUAAUUAACGUUAAUUAACCAUAAAUUUAAUAACUUGUCUUGAAUAUUUUAAUUGUUUAAUCUCGAGAUUGACGAGAAUACGAUAUCGUAUGUAAAAAUACGCUGUGAUAUGCAAUCGGGCUCGGAUUAAUAAUCUCCUUUGAAACUUUCCGUGUUGGAAAGCUUUUUUUAAUGGACUCCUUGUUUUAUUCUUUUUUCUUUCGCGACGAUAAAUCAUAUUUUACUGUAAAUAUGUUAUAUUCGGUAGGCAGGGUUUUUCUUAAGUAUCCUUUUGUUUUUUUAUUUUAAUCUGAAAACGAUAAUGUGUAAUUUUCUCAAAUUUGUUUACCCCUUUUCUGGAUGUGUAUCCGAAUGAGACAAAAACGGAUCUCAAAAAUAAAAAAAAAAAUAUUUAUGUAAAUUUAUUUAGUAACAUUUAGAUGUGUAGGUAAGGCCUGUUUCUCUCGUAUGUUUUGUUAUUAAUUCAUAAAUAUGUCUUGAACAAAAUUGAAAAAAUCAUUUAUUUAUUAUAAUAGAAUGUAUAGUUCUUUUUGUAAUUUAAGUUAAUUUGACUUUGAUUAGAUAUUUCAAGUAGAUAAUGUUGUAUAUACUUUUUAUAAAUUAAGGUCUCAUUGAUUUAAAUAUUGUUAAAAAUAGUUUUUAAAAGAUAUGUUUGUUUAUAUUGUUCCUAUUAAAGACUAAUGUAUGUGUAAUGUAAUCCAGUAUUUGAAGUUAGUAUUGCUUAAACAAACUUUAGUUGUAAGCCUUUGUCUAGAUUAUUUAUUCUUGUAAAUAUUCAUUAUGGUAAUAAAAUUGUUCAUUUAA